AUGAAGUCCGCAAAGGCUCCCGCCGUGGAGGCCCCGUCGCACCGGAGGUCCCAGCCUGUACGGCAGACGCGCACGAAUCCUCCUCGAAGCUCGGCGACGACCGUCCGCCCGGGCGGCAGAGAUUCGCUGAGUGGCCCUGCCGGGGACCAGCCCAUUGACAUCUUCCCUGCCAUCACCCACUUUGCCGACACCAUUACCGCCCUCCCCAAAGAACUCGUGCGACACUUUACUCUGCUCAAAGAGGUCGACGCCAAAAUUUUCGCUCCUCAAGAACAGCUCUUCAGGCUUGUCGCCUCGGCGAGGACAUUCCCUGUCCCGGAAGCGCGAACGAGCAAUGCCGCCCUCAACACGGCGCCGGGGUUCGCACCGAUGAGCGCCCAGGGAGGCUCCAACGGAAUUGCAUUCGGCCAGCACCAGCAGCCCGUUGUUUCGACCGAAGACGUCAAUGGUGGCGUGUUCGACCCGUCCAACCUGCAGCGCCGGCAGCUCUUCCGCCAAACCGCGUUUAAAAUACAAGAACUACUCGUGUCUCUGGAAGAGAAGAACCAUGUCAUAUCCACGGCGAACGAGGCGCUCCAGAGACAGCUCGCUCGGGUGGAAGAUGUAUGGCCAUAUUUGGAGAACGAAUUCAGCGACGAGGCGAAAUGGGGAAGCACCACACACUGGGCCUACCCCGAGAACCGCAAUGGGAAGCCCUCGCAAGCUGAAAGAUCCAGACGCGAUGGCGCUGCUGCGAUUUCAGCGGCCGCACAAGCCUUGGCAGAACAGGCCGCCGCCCGGAGCGACGCCAGGAAACAAGCGGUCCAAGCCAAGAAGAGCCAGAAGACUCAUGCCCUCGAUUCCGAAGCCGACGAUCACGACAGCCAAACAAAAACCAACAGUGCUAAGAAGACAAGCUCGAGUAAGGUUCGGAAAACUGCUGAGAGUAACAAUGUUGGCUUGGGCAUCUCUACUGGAACUUCUUCCAAUGGCAAUCCUCCGCAAAAGAGGCGAAAAAAAGAAAAGACUGCUGCUAGCGGGGCAGAAGCACCUCAGAUGGAGCGUGCCAUGAGCCUCGUCUUUGGUAACAACACAUCCAAGACGAGGGCCACGACUAGCCCUCGAGAGACUCCAGCUCCGGAGGUACCCAAGAAGCGCAAAGCUUUGCCCACUAGCAGUGGUCAAUCCAAGAAGAAGAAUGCUCUAUCCGCCACCAUGUCGCCCUCCGCUGCCUCGUCCCCCGUCAUGGGCUCUUUGCCGGAGACGAAGACGCCAGCUAGCCGCCCAUCCCCAGUACCGACGCCUGCGCCUGCACCCGUCCCACGACCAACGACGUCUCGUGCACGACAGAACUCGAUUGCGUCCAACUCAGAAGCCAGCAAGGCUAGACCUCCCUCUUCGGCAGCUAAAAAGACGAAUGGCAACAUUCCCAGCACGCCGGAAGUUGUUCAGACUACAAACUGGGCUCGCCCCAACCAUGACUCCGAAGGCAAUAAGGAGCCUACUGUGACGGUCAAGACGGAGCCGUCACCAAAGGAGCCAGAACAAACGGAAGACAAACCCGCGCCAACUCCUACUGCAGUCGUUGUCACUACAUCCUCUUCCAGCCGAAGGAAUAGCAAGGUGGAAGAGGCGGAUCGCAAGAGCGAGCCUACCCAGUCGACUCCACAGAGCACCGGUAUGGUUACGACCAAGAGCGGAAGAGCAAGCAAGCCGUCAACACCGGCCCUGCCAAGUUUCUCGGACGCUGCAGCUGCUGCUGCCAGGCCGCGAACCACUCGAAACGUAGAGCCAGCGGGCAACGGCAAAAAGCCUCAGAAGAAGGGCACUACCCAAGCUCUUGCUCAACUUGUGGACGAGGACGGAAAUAGUAGCAUGCAGGGCGACGACGGCGAUGAUGAUGCCGAUAUCGACCCAGAUGAAGCUACGUACUGUUAUUGCAAUAGCAUCAGCUAUGGCGCAAUGGUGGCGUGUGAUUCUGAUGAUUGUGCCCGCGAGUGGUUCCAUCUGGCUUGCGUAGGCCUCAAGGUCGCACCAAGUUCAAAAACCAAAUGGUACUGCCCAGACUGCAAAGAGCGCCUCAAAGUAGGCAGCAAAAAGAACGGCAGCCGAUGAAUCAAAAGGAAAUAUAUUAUCGAUGAUUUCGCGGUUGGUUAGCUGUGUUUGAAAAAGGAAAACGGCACCAUUACUUUUUGAGUGCUUCAUAUUGUUCAAGCCUUGUUCUCAGCUUGUUGCUCGGCGUCUAUUUUAUU